AUGGAGAGCAUCCUGGCCGGUUGCAUCGCCGCCUGGUAUGGCAACUGCUCGGCAUCUGACCGUAAGAAGCUACAGAGGAACAUACACAUAAAAACAUUGGCUGACGACAUGCGUGACCGGAUCACCAGUUUCCGGAAGACUGGGAAUAAGAAGGACAAGCCCCUGAUCCAGCACUCCACAGAUCCCCUGUCCAUUCAGGUAGAGAUGCCCAUGCCCCAGCCUCUCUUCGACGACCGCUCCAUGAACCUCUCCGAGAAGGAGAUCAACGCCCUCUUUGAGAAGAUGAUGGAGGACAUGAACCUGAACGAGGAGCGUAAAGCCCCCCUGCGUGGGAAGGACCUGAGUACCAAGCGAGAGAUGGUUGUCCAGUACAUAUCCACCACCGCCAAAUCUAUCACUGGGAGCAAAGUCACGGGAGGACUGAGAAACAGCAAGCAUGAGUGUACAUUGUCAUCACAGGAGUAUGUCCACGAGCUGCGUUCCGGCAUCACUGAGGACAAGCUGCUCAUUUGCCUGGAGUCCCUUCGCGUCUCUCUCACCAGUAACCCAGUCAGCUGGGUGAACAACUUUGGCCAUGAAGGACUGGGCCUCCUCUUGGAUGCAUUGGAUAAGUUGCUGGAUAAGAAACAGCAAGAAAUUAUUGACAAAAGAAACCAGCACAAGCUGAUCCAAUGUCUCAAGGCCUUCAUGAACAAUAAGUAUGGACUGCAAAGGAUUCUGGAAGAUGAGCGGAGCUUGCUUCUCCUGGCCAGGGCCAUUGACCCCAAACAGAGCAGUAUGAUGACAGAGAUUGUCAAGAUCCUCUCAGCUAUCUGUAUCAUUGGAGAGGAAAACAUCCUGGAUAAGAUCCUGGCUGCCAUGACGAUUGCGGCAGAGAGGAAUAACAAGGAGAGAUUCGCUCCGAUAGUGGAGGGACUGGAGAAUCACGAGGCCCAACAGCUCCAGGUGGCCUGCAUGCAGCUGAUCAACGCCCUGGUCACUUCUCCGGACGAUCUGGACUUCAGGAUACAUCUGCGCAACGAGUUCCUCCGUUGUGGCCUCAAGAAGAUCCUACCGGAGAUGAAAGAGACUGAGGAGCUGGACAUCCAACUGAAGGUGUUCAACGAGAACAAGGAGGAGGACUCCAUUGAGCUCUCCCAUCGCCUUGAUGACAUCCGCGCUGAGAUGGAUGAUAUGGGUGAGGUAUACCAUCUCCUGUCUAACAUGGUGAAAGACACUGGAUCGGAGACCUACUUCCUGUCCAUCCUACAGCACCUCCUGCUCAUCAGGAAUGACUACUACAUCAGGCCCCAGUACUACAAGGUGAUAGAGGAAUGUGUGUCUCAGGUGGUCCUCCAUCGCAAUGGGAUGGACCCAGACUUCGGAUACAGGGAGAGACUGGAUGUAGACUUCACCCACCUCAUCGAUCAGUGCGUGGAUAAAGCCAAAGUGGAUGAGAGCGAACUGAAGGCUGCUGAGUUCUCCAAAAAGUUCGAUGAGGAGUUCAGUGCUCGGCAGGAUGCCCAGGCCGAGUCCCAGAAGAAGGAGGAGAAAAUCAAAGAGCUGGAAGGGCAGAUCUGCAACCUGAAGACCCAGAUCACGGCCGGACCAGCGGCGGCUGGGACAGGAGUCCCACCUUCACAUCUGCAGGCGGGGUUGGCACCCCCACCCCCCCCCCCACCUCCGCCCCCACCAGGCGGCUGCCCUCCCCCUCCUCCCCCACCUCCGCCUCCUCCUGGCAUGGCCGGCAUGCCCCCUCCACCACCACCCCCGCCACCUCCAGGAGGAGGGCCACCCCCUCCCCCCGGCUGUGGACCACCACCUCCCCCACCCUUCCCCGGGGCGCCGGGCAUUCCUCCGCCUCCUAUGAUGGCCAUGCCUGUCAUCAAGCUGCCUUAUGGACUGGAGGCCAAGAAGACAUACAAGCCUGAGGCCGCCAUGAAGAGGAUCAACUGGUCCAAGAUAGUACCUCAGGAAAUGGCAGAGAAUUGCUUCUGGAUCAAAGUCAAAGAGGAGAAGUUUGAGAACCAAGACCUCUUUGCCCAGCUCUCCCUCAGCUUUUCCUCUAGGACCAAAGUGAAAAAGGAGGUGGACGAGACAGACGCCAGGAUGACCCAAUUCAAGAAAAAGGCGAAGGAGCUGCGAAUCUUGGAUGCCAAGACGGCACAGAAUUUGUCAAUUUUCCUGGGCUCAUUCCGGUUGCCUUAUGAAGAGAUCCGGGAUAUUGUGCUGGAGGUGGACGAGGAGAGGCUGAGCGAAUCACUGAUCCAGAACCUGAUAAAGAACCUACCAGAGCAGAAGGAGCUGAGCGCACUGGCGGAACUUAAGAGCGAGUACGAGGAACUGUGCGAGCCAGAGCAGUUUGGCAUUGUGAUGAGCUCUGUGAAGCUGCUGCGUUCGCGCCUCAACGGCAUCCUCUUCAAACUGACCUUCGAGGAGCAGGUGAACAACAUCCGGCCAGACAUCAUGAACGUGACGUUUGCCUGUGAGGAGGUGAAGAAGAGUGACAGCUUCAGCAAGCUGCUGGAGAUGGUGCUGCUGGUGGGCAACUACAUGAAUGCCGGCUCCCGGAACGCCCAGACCUUCGGCUUCAACAUCAGCUUCCUCUGCAAGCUUCGAGACACUAAGUCGUCCGACCAAAACACAACCCUUCUUCACUUCCUGGCUGAAAAGUGUGAAGAGAAGUACCCAGAGAUCCUGAGGUUCCCUGAAGAGCUGGAACACGUGGAGAGUGCUAGUAAAGUUUCUGCCGAGAUCCUGAAAAGCAGUCUGAGCACCAUGGAGCGACACAUCCAGAGGCUAGAAAAUGACAUUGAGAAUUUCCCCAAGACAGACGACAAAAAAGAUAUGUUUGUGGAAAAAUUGUCCGGCUUCUCCAAGCAUUCGCGGGAGCAAUACGAAAAGCUUUCCACCAUGCACAAGAACAUGCAGAAGCUAUACGAGAGCCUGGGCAGCUACUACGCCUUCGACCCCCACGUCCUCAGCGUCGAAGACUUCUUCGGUGACCUGGCCUCCUUCCGCACCCUCUUCGUGGAGGCGGUGAAAGAGAACCACAAGAAGAGGGAGAUGGAGGAGAAGAUUAAGAGAGCCAGACUGGCCAAGGAGAAAGCAGAGCGUGAGAAGCAGGAACGCCAGCAGAAGAAGAAGCAGCUGAUUGACAUGAACAAAGAGGGAGGAGAGAAUGAGACAGGUGUGAUGGACAGCCUAAUGGAAGCCUUGCAAUCCGGAGCGGCCUUCCGCGACCGCCGAAAACGAACCCCGCGCAACGGUGAUCAAAGUCCAUCCAGUCCUGCCUCUCGGUGGCCAGGUGCUAACCAUGACAACCGGCGUGCGGUCCUGGAAAGGUCUCGAUCACGCCACAACGCAAACCCCCAGGCUCGAUGAUGGCCCGCGCCUACCAGAAGACAUUAGACAAGUGCCAAAGAGGCCUGCGAGGACAACCUGAGGACGUCUAGUAGGAGAGAUGGACCCCAGCCGUGUGGCACACACACACACACACUUAAAAACUCACAGACACAUGAACACACACAUACACUAUAUAUACAAAA